AUGGACGCCGGGCGUUUUGCCAACCCCGUUCCGGGUACCGGUCUUUCCAAGAGACGUGCAUGCGUGAGCUGUACGUCUGCAAAAACGAAAUGCAACCGCCGUAUCGGGGAGGACAACUGUGAACGGUGUGCUCGUCUUGGGAAAGGGUGCACCUUUUUGGAUCUGCCGCAGAGGAGGCGCAGGCAGAAAGGUACAAGGCGCAUUGAGGGACUAGAGUCCAGGCUAGAGGAACUAGUUACGCGAGUAUCUACCCUUGACAAGGACAAAAACCCGAUUAGCGAUUCAACAUUGUCUGGGGCUGCGCUCUCGCCUGGGCGUCUCAGGGCGCCUCUGGAACCUCCCACACCCCGUCCCUCUACGUCUCGCUCCUCGGUGGACGCUGUCUCAUCGAGAAUACGCUCAUCGCUUGUACCACCUAUAUCUGUCACCCCACCCAAUGCCAGUGAUGGCUAUGUCGACCUGGUUGACCGGCGUAUCAUUACUCCUGAAUAUGCAGAGGCCCUGCUGACCGACUUCACUCUUCACCAUGCCGCCUUCUUUCCCUUCGUAGUCUUGGAUAACGGAGUUGAUGCGAACAAGCUUAGGCAAGAUGCUCCCUUACUUUUCCUUGUAGUUAUAUCUGUGGCACUCCGCUCCGACUUAUCUCUCCAGAGGCUGCUUGGAGAGGAGAUACAAGCACAAAUCAGCUCCAAGCUCAUUGGCCGCGGCGAAAGAAGCCUGCAGGCCCUGCAAGCACUUCUUAUUUAUUUAGCCUGGCAUUACUGUUUUGCCUCGCCGAAUGAAGAGCGAGAUAUUUUUGCGAUGAUGCAGUUGUGCGUCGCCAUGGUUUACGAUUUAAACCUUGAUAAAGGAAGUGCUGCAAGUUUGGCUAAGAAGCGUGCCCUACUAGGAGCAUAUUGGUUAUCCGCUGGCCUCUCGAGAUCUCUCCGGAGACCGCCGGUGAUUCAACUUAGCAGAUAUAUGGAAGACUGCUGUCGCCAUUUAACUGCAGCAGGCGAACACCACACGGAUAAGCUAAUCGAGCCGCUUGUGCUCCUCGCAUCCAUUGCUACUCGAGUCGGAGAAACGUUUAGCUAUUUCGAUGUGGAAUACACCUCGGUGCGAGGAAAUUCAGGUGUCUCUAUAACUACAGAGAGGUUCCUCCACGAGUUGCAACUCAUUAAAAGAUUAGCUGCUAAAGCAGAGGCUCACCCAGACAACAGCAUUAUAAACAUGGAGAUUGAUUACACGGAAUCUUAUACUUUAGAAGUGGCUGUUCACAAUGAGCUCUGGGAAGCUGUGCCAAAUGGAACGCCUAGUAUAGGCACUGGCUGUAUCCGCGCUGAGCCUUCGUUCACUCCGACUAGAGCCGCAAUGCUGUGGCAUAUGCUCAACUCUAACAAGGCAUUUGUUCAGAAAUUUCUAGUAAUACAUGACUCUACUGUUCGGUGUUUGCCAUACACUGUUUUCUGGAGAAUUUGUUACGUGCUCGCCAGCCUCAUACGGCUAACUUUCACUCUUGUCGAGAGCACUAUAGUGUCAGGCCCCACGGCUACAAUACAUGUCUUAUCCACCCCGGAAAUGCCUAGUGAAAGCCGCUCUAGGCAGGCAGCUCAAAAUAUUGCCGAUGAGAUAGAUCUUACCCAGAUCAUUAGCAAGCUGGCCGAAAAAUUCGAAAGCGCUGCGGAAUUCCCGUUUACUGGGGGGGUCAUUAGGCCGAACGACACCCUGGCCCCGUUCGUCACUAAACUAAAGAAACUCGCACUCGCAUAUCCUAAAAAGCUCCGUGAUGCAAUUGGUGGUGUCAGCACCACUGCAGCUGAGACAGAGCUCAUGCCAGACUGCCAGGCUCAUACACAUGUCGAACAGAGUCACCGGGGGCCGACAGAGCAACCGGACCGCAACACACCAGGAGAUGGCACGCAGGUGAGAGCUAAUGAGAGAGUUGACGAAAGCGAAGAAGGAAAUUUCCAAAUGCCUGACUGGAUGCUGUUGGACGAGUUGCCAGGGCUAGAAUCGAUUGACACGGAAUGGGAAUCCAUCCUGCAGACAUUUAAAAUACCGCUAUGA